AUGAAAUUCCCCUUUUCCUUAAUGUAGAACCCAAUUCAUAAGUACCUGGUCCUGGAUUGCAUUAUUAAACAGACUUAGGUCUUGAAUUCAUAUAAUCCAAAAAUUCCUUGUUCACUUUAUAAGCUUUUUCAGGUUAACUUUUAAUAACUUUCACUUCUGAAAUAUUAUAAUUUCCAGGUCCUGGAGUUUGUUAGUUCCCAUGAAAGACAAUUCGUUAACCUUUAGGGAAAGUAGGGCCACGAGAUUUUUAUAUUUAACUUGGUUCACUAAUGAUUAAGUUUUCAUGGAAGAACUGCUAUUUAGGAAAGCGACCAGCCUUUCCAAAUGUUGAAUGUAAAUUUUUUCGUUUAGACUCUUUCAUUUAAUUUAUUAAAAUGCUACUAUAUACCUUUAUAGAUUGGGUUUUUACUAUAGGAUCUGCUAUAAUAGCAAUACUCUUAGGAUUAUAUGUCAGUGGAGCAGCUUGUCUUUUAGGAUUGCUCUUAUAUUUACUCUACCCUUUGAUAAUUGAAUUCUCUUAUAAUAUUUUAAGUGUAAAAUAGGACAUCUGCAUAAGAAAUAUGCCUGAGAUACCAAUUGUCUAUCAUGAAAAUUACAAUAUUACUGCAUGCGGUAUUGAAAAAUGGCAUCCAUUUGAUUCAUGCAAAUAUGGGAAUGUUUAUAAAUAAAUAAGGGAAAAAAUAAAAGCUUAGCAUUUUACUCCAUCAAUAUUAUCAAGAGGAACUUUUCUAUAUCUAGGCAUGAGCAGAUGGUAUUUGCUCAAAAUCUGUUAUAGUGCAUAUGCCUCAACAUUAAUUGAAUUGCCUGUAUUCUUUUUGCCUGGAGCUUUCUUGAGAUCUUGUCUUUUAGAUUCAAUGCUUCUUGCUACUAGUGGUAGUAUUUAUGCUGCCAAACUAGCUCUUGAAAAGGGUUGGGCAAUCAAUCUUAGUGGAGGAUAUCAUCAUGCCUCUCUAAAUAGUGGUGGCGGGUAUAUAUAUAAAUAUUAUUAUAUUCAAUUAGAUUCUGUAUAUAUCCUGAUAUAACUUUAGUAGUAAACUACCUUAAGAGAUGUUGCAAUUUAAGGAGAAUAUUAAUAGUAGAUUUAGAUGCUCAUUAAGGAAAUGGUUAUGAAAGGGAUUUCCUUCAUGAUUCUUCAGUUUAUAUAAUAGAUUUUUAUAAUUCUUAUAUAUAUCCUGGGGAUCAUGAAGCUGAAUAAGCAAUAGAUUGUUUUGAACAUGUUGAUAGAGAUACAACAGAUGAAUAAUAUAUAAAAAUACUUUAAAGAGAUCUUGAGAAACAUAUCAAAGAUGAUAUGGAAUUUAUUAUUUAUAAUGCUGGUACUGAUAUUAUGGCAGGAGAUCCCCUUGGAAAUUGUUGUAUAUCAGCAGCUGGAAUAUAAAGAAGAGAUGAAGUAGUAUUUAAAUGGGCUAGCCAUAAAAAAAUUCCAAUUCUUAUGUUAUUAUCAGGUGGUUAUUAAAAAGAAAAUACAUUUGCAAUUGGAGAAUCGAUAUUGUAAUUAAUUACUUGA